AUAAAUAUUGAAACGUCUUUAUUUUAUUAACAAAAUACACAUAUUAGCUGUAAGUGACAAUAAAAAUGUAGGAAGGCAAAUUAGCAACAUGGCCAACGAAGACCAACGAGAAGAGUUAGAGGCUCUGAAGUCAAUUUAUGAGAAUGAAUUCACAGAUAUUUCCAAUGACCCUCCAUGUUUUAUGGUAAAAUUACCAGAUCUUCAACUACCAGGUGCAUUAAGCCUGAAGUUUACUCUUCCAACAAAAUACCCAGAUGUACGACCUGUGAUAGAGAUUCCAAUGAGAAACCAAGUCUUGUCUACAGAGAGUCAUCAACAACUUCUAAGUUUGCUAAAUGAAAAAUGUGAAGAAUUUAUUGGCAUGGGAAUGAUAUUUUCUCUGGUGGAUUCUGCUCAGCAAUGGAUAAAUGAAAAUUUAUCCUCAGCAACACCAGAACAACUUAGUGCUCACCAAGAUUUAGAUAAACAAGAAAUCAAUGACACAGAAAUAAAAUCAAUUAAACUCGAAGAACCAAAGCUGAGUGGAGGAAGAUGGCAAUAUGUGAUAGGACUUGUGGGUAAGCCAUCUGCUGGCAAGUCCACUUUUUUCAAUGCAGCCACAACACUUGAUUUGGCCAAAACAGGAGCACAUCCAUUCACCACCAUAGAACCCAAUAUAGGAAAAGCCUUCUUCUCAAUACCCUGUCCUUGCAGCAAUCAGUCAAUCAAAUGCAAUGCAGUGCAUGGGCAUGAUUUUAGAGGAAAAAGAUAUUUACCAAUCCUGUUGAAAGAUGUUGCUGGUUUGGUACCAGGUGCUUGGGAGGGCAAAGGAAGGGGAAAUAGAUUUCUGAAUGAUCUACUAGAUGCUGAUGUGUUAAUCCACAUAAUUGAUGCCUCAGGUACAACUAACGAGAAAGGAGAGGAAACAACUGACUAUGAUCCAGCUAACGAUGUACACUGGCUCAAAGCAGAACUACAUCAGUGGAUUUAUCAGAAUGUAUGGAGCAAGUGGGAUAAUAUUGUUAAAAGACCUCAGAAGUUGAUCGACAUGUUUACAGGGUAUCAUGCAAACAAAGCUACUAUUUAUGCAGCUCUGCAUAAUGCAGGUAUUAAUGAAAGUGAGUUAUCCAAGAUAAAGACUUGGGACAGCAAGGUGCUCCAUCAGAUAGUGGACAGCUUCCUCAACAUAAGGUUCCCUACAUUGCUGGUGCUAAAUAAAGCUGACAAAGAAUCAUCAACAGACAUCAUCAGCAGACUUUCUGCAGAGUUUGGUGAUGGGUACACUAUUCCUGUAAGUGCAGAAAGGGAGUGUUUUCUACAGAGAAUGGUAAAAGAGGGUCAGAUUAAAUAUGACCGAGGCAGUGAUCAGAUAACACCUUUAGAAUGUCCAUCCACAAUCUUAACAGAACUCAAAAGAAUUGAAAAUGAUAUUUUCAAGAGGUAUAGAAGUACCAAUGUCCAAAAUGCACUGUGUCAGGCAAUCAGUUUACGGGAACCAGUUUAUGCCUUUCCUGUUCGUUGCCUCGACUCCUUUCAGUCCAUUGGUAAAUCUCACACAGAGAAGGGCCAGAUUCUGCGAGACUGUAUCAUGUUAAAACCUGGCACCACAGUUGAGGAAUUCCACAAUGCGCUAUGUCAUUACCCUGUUAGUCUUCUGUCAGGGGACUUUGUGAGAGCAGAGACAAUACAAGCUGAUGGCUUAAAGAGACCAGUGAAGAAAGAUGAAGUGAUCAGUAAUUCUAAUAAUAUACUUAAGAUAAUGACUACAAGGAGAAGUUCUUAGAGCUUUGUUCUUUUCUUGGAAGCUAAAGACAUGAUAAGGUGAUUGUUCUGUGCCAAAUGACAUUUAUUAGGAAUAAAAUUUCAAUUUA